UAGCACCGACAGCCGGCGGAGGUGCAGCGGCGGCUCGCAGCGCACUCAGCGGCCGGUGCAGGGACACGCUCCUGCGGCGGAUCUCCUCCCCCUCCUCGCGCUCCUCCUCCUCCUCCUCCUCCUGCUGCUGCUCUCGCCGCUGCGCCCGCUCCCGCUCGGCUCCUCUCGGGUGAGAUUCAGCCUUUUCUUGCGGGAUGGCGGCUCUGCGGCAGCGUCGGGCGGCGGUGGAUUUGUGAGGAUUUGUGCCGGUGUGCGCGCUGAUCUGUGCCCGCUGAUCGGAGCUCGGUCUGGGCCUCGGACGUCAGGUUCUCUGCGACGAUGUGGCAGUGAGCAUGCUCAUAGCGCUGAUCGUUACCAUGGCGAUAUUCGGCGGCGGCCAGGCGUGCAACGGGCAGGACAACUGCUCGUCCAGCAGCGGCUCCAAAGACUACUGCUACUCGGCUCGAAUCCGGAGCACGGUGCUGCAGGGGCUGCCCUUCGGAGGUGUGCCUACCGUGCUCGCCCUCGACUUCAUGUGCUUCCUGGUGCUGCUCUUUGUCUUCUCCAUCUUGAGGAAAGUUGCGUGGGACUAUGGCCGCCUGGCGCUGGUUACCGACGCCGACAGACUGAAGAAAUGUUUCAGCCACCCAGAUGAGCGCGAAUACGUUGCCUCGGCGAUGCACUCGGACACGCCUGACCGCUACGAACGCCUCACGUCUGUGUCGAGCUCCGUCGACUUCGACCAGAGAGACAAUGGUUUCUGCUCAUGGCUGACUGCGAUUUUCAGAAUAAAGGACGAGGAGAUCCGGGAGAAGUGUGGCGAGGAUGCGGUGCACUACCUGUCCUUCCAGCGGCACAUCAUCGGGCUGCUGGUGGUGGUGGGCGUGCUGUCGGUCGGCAUCGUUCUGCCGGUCAACUUCUCCGGGGACCUGCUGGUCCGAAUUAUCAGUACAGAUGUGUUCUUCAGCCGAGGGGCGCCUGGACCUCCUUCUAAAGAAGAAAACAAUGCAUACAGUUUCGGUCGCACAACGAUAGCCAACCUGAAGUCUGGGACGAACCUGCUGUGGCUCCACACGUCGUUUGCCUUCAUGUACCUGCUGCUGACGGUCUACAGCAUGAGGAGACACACGUCCAAGAUGCACUACAAGGAGGACGACCUGGUGAAACGCACUUUAUUCAUCAACGGAAUCUCCAAGUACGCGGAGGAAGCUCAGAUCAAGCAGCACUUUGAGCAGGCCUAUGAAAACUGCACCGUGCUGGAAGCUCGCAUCUGUUACAACGUGGCGAAGCUAAUGUCUCUGAACGCUGAGAGGAAGAAGACGGAGCGCAGUAAGAAGUUCUUCACAGAUCUGAUGGCUAAAGAACAUGUUCCCACUAUGAUCAACCCCAAACCGUGCGGUCACCUGUGCUGCUGCGCUAUCGCUGGCUGUGAGGAGGAGGAGGCAGUGAGCUUCUACACGAAGAGGGAGGCCAAGCUAAAGGAGGAGUACCGAAAGGAGAAGGAGAAGGUCCACACCAAACCUCUGGGCAUGGCCUUCGUCACCUUCCAGAACGAGGCCAUGACUGCCAUUAUCUUGAAGGACUUUAACGCCUGUCAGGUGCAGGGCUGUCGGUGUCACCAGGAGCCGCGUUCCUCCCAGUUCAGCGACGUCCUCCACGUCCACAACUGGAGCGUCUCGUACGCCCCGGACCCACAGAACGUCCGCUGGGAGCACCUGUCGCUGGGCGGGAUCUCCUGGUGGAUCCGCUGCUUCAUCAUCAACUGCAGCCUCUUCCUCCUGCUAUUCUUCCUCACCACACCUGCCAUCAUCAUCUCCACCAUGGACAAGUUCAACGUCACCAAACCUGUGGAGUACCUGAACAAUCCAAUCGUCACUCAGUUCUUCCCAACUCUUCUGCUCUGGGCUUUCUCCGCUCUGCUGCCCACCAUCGUGUACUAUUCUGCUUUCUUCGAGGCUCACUGGACCAGGUCUGGAGAAAAUCGGACUACGAUGCACAAGUGUUACACGUUCCUGAUCUUCAUGGUUCUGCUGUUACCGUCACUCGGACUUAGCAGUCUGGACGUUUUCUUCCGUUGGCUUUUUGAUAAGAAGUUUCUGGCUGAUGCUAAAGUCAGAUUUGAGUGCGUCUUCCUGCCGGAUAACGGAGCAUUCUUUGUGAACUACGUCAUCGCCUCGGCAUUCAUCGGGAACGCCAUGGAUCUGCUGCGGAUCCCCGGUCUGCUCAUGUACAUGAUCCGGCUCUGCCUGGCUCGGUCUGCAGCCGACCGCCGCAACGUCAAGAGGCAUCAAGCCUAUGAGUUCCAGUUUGGAGCUGCGUAUGCCUGGAUGAUGAAUGUCUUCACUGUGGUGAUGGCCUACAGCAUCACUUGUCCCAUCAUCGUCCCCUUCGGUCUCAUGUACAUGCUGCUAAAGCACCUGGUGGACAGAUACAACAUGUACUAUGCUUACCUGCCCUCCAAACUGGACAAGAAGAUCCACUCGGGGGCCGUCACUCAGGUGGUGGCUGCACCUAUCCUCUGCCUCUUCUGGCUGCUCUUCUUCUCCACUGUACGUACAGGCUUUGAGACGCCCACGUCGAUGUUCACGCUGGUGGUGCUGAUUGUCACAAUCGUGGUCUGCCUGUCGCACGUCUGUUUCGGACACUUCAAGUACCUCAGUGCUCACAACUACAAGAUCGACACCAAGGAGACGGACGUGGACGCCGUGGAGAACGGACGACCCGCUCGACCCUCGUCUUCUCCCUCCACCAAGUCUCAGCAGCAGCAGCAGCAGCAGAUGUACAUUGCGCAGGUGCUUCAAGACCCGAACUCCGACGAGCCAGGCGGCGCCAGCAGCGAGGAGGACCGGGGCUCGUCGCAGGACGAGGAGAUGCUGAACGGGGGGAACAGCAUCAACGAGGCGGAUUUCCAGUCAGGGGAGGACAGUCUGAUCGCCAACGAGGUCCACCAGUAGCUGGGGGUGGAGCUAAAGGGAGGGGGCGGAGCUAGCCGUAGUGUCAUAUCCACACUGUUCAGUGAAGCAGACGGGCGAAUCGGCGCACAGCAGUCACUGUUAGCUCCGCCCCCUCUCAGCCUGAAGACUUGACCCUGACUUUUGACCCUGGUGCGGGUCACCAACGUCCAGUCCAGCGAGCCUGUGGACAGCUAAAGGACACUGAGCUGUCUUCACAGGGAGUCACUGUAAAUAACCACCAAGCCAAAAGUUUUCUGUGUGUGUGGUCAGCGGGGGGGCGGGGCCUCAAUUUUUGUGCCUGGGCUGGUUUUCAUUCGUUCGCACUCGUGUCUUGACUCCUGAACCCAUUGUGGGGUGCCGGGACUGCGCCUGUCGCGGGGUUGAAGCUCGGCCCUAAGACGCCUCCGGGUGACCCUGCCGUGUUGCCGCCGUCCUGUGGUUGCCAGGGCGACGGACAAUUCGCUAAAGCCAGCCCUUGUAGUGAUAGAAACCUCACGCAGACACAUCGCAGCUCCUCUGUGACGUUCUUACUGUAGCAGAAGUGUGUAUGCCUGUCUCUCACACACACACACACACACACACACACACACACACACACACAC